AUGAUUCGUUUAAGCUAUUCAUUAUUAUUACUUGUUAUUAUUGCAACUGUCUAUUCAACAGAUUAUUUUGUUGAAAAAUUCGAAGAUGAAUCUUAUAAAAAACGAUGGGUUCAAUCAACAGCUAAAUCAGAUUUAGGUGAAUUUAAAUUAUCACAUGGUAAAUUUUAUGGUGAUGCUAAAAAAGAUCUUGGUUUACAAACAUCGGAAGAUGCUCGUUUCUAUGCUAUGUCAGCUAAAUUUAAUAGUUUUUCAAAUGAAGGCAAAACACUUGUUAUUCAAUUUACUGUUAAACAUGAACAAAAAAUUGAUUGUGGUGGUGGUUAUGUUAAAGUUUAUCCAGCAGAUACUGAUCAAAAAGGCCUUACUGGCGAUUCACCUUAUCACAUUAUGUUUGGACCUGAUAUUUGUGGUUAUAGUACGAAAAAAGUUCAUGUUAUUUUUACAUAUAAAGGAAAAAAUUUAUUAAUUAAAAAAGAAAUUAAAUGUAAAGAUGAUGAAUUUACACAUCUUUAUACAUUGAUUCUUAACCCCGAUAAUACUUAUGAAGUUCGUAUUGAUAAUGAAAAAGUUGAAAGUGGUAAACUUGAAGAAGAUUGGGAUUUCACUGUACCAAAACGAAUUCCUGAUCCUGAUGCUAAAAAACCAUCAGAUUGGGUUGAUGAAGAAAAAAUCGAUGAUCCAACUGAUUCAAAACCAGCCGAUUGGGAUAAAGCAGAACAUAUUCCUGAUCCUGACGCUAAAAAACCUGAAGAUUGGGAUGAUGAAAUUGAUGGAACAUGGGAACCACCAAUGAUUGAUAAUCCUGAAUAUAAAGGUGUUUGGAAAGCUCGUCAAAUUGAUAAUCCAUCUUAUAAAGGACCAUGGGUUCAUCCUGAAAUUGAUAAUCCUGAUUAUGUUGAAGAUGCAAAUCUUUAUUUAUAUAAAGAUAUUGGUAUGAUUGGUUUUGAUUUAUGGCAAGUUAAAUCUGGUACUAUCUUUGAUAAUAUAAUUAUCACUGAUAGUGUUCAACGUGCUGAAGAAUUUGCUAAAGAAACAUGGGUAAAAACAAAAGAACCAGAAAAGAAAAUGAAAGAUGAUCAAGAUGAAGUUGAACGAAAGAAAGAAGAAGAAGAACGUAAAAAACGAGAAGCUGAAGACAAAUCAAAGAAAACUGAUGAUGGUGAUGAAUCAGAUACUGAUGAUAAGAAAUCACCUCAUGCUGAAGAUGAAUUAUAA